CUGUACCAGAACCGAUUUCUCGGACUGGCUGCCAUGGCUUCUCCAUCGAGGAAUUCUCAAAGUCGGCGCCGGUGUAAAGAGCCGCUCCGGUACAGCUACAACCCUGACCAGUUCAACAACCUCGACCUCAGGAAUGGAGCCCACGACCCAGUCACCAUCCCCCGGUCCACCAGCGACACGGACCUCGUCACCUCUGACAGUCGCUCCACACUCACGGUCAGCAGCUCCUGCUACUCCAUCGGGCACUCUCAGGACCUGAUCAUUUACUGGGACAUCAAGGAGGAGGUGGACGCCGGGGACUGGAUCGGCAUGUAUCUCAUCGACGAGGUCUUGUCUGAAAACUUCCUGGACUACAAGAACCGUGGCGUCAGUGGUUCUCACCGGGGCCAGAUCAUCUGGAAGAUUGAUGCCAGUUCCUACUUUGUGGAGCCUGAAACCAAGAUUUGCUUCAAGUACUACCACGGAGUGAGUGGGGCUCUGCGGGCAACCACCCCCAGCGUGACCGUCAAGAACUCGGCGGCCCCCACUUUGAAAACUAUCACCAAUGAUGAGGCUGCCCAGGGUCAAGGAAGCCGGAGACUGAUCAGCUUCUCUCUAUCAGAUUUCCAGGCCAUGGGGCUGAAGAAAGGGAUGUUCUUUAAUCCAGAUCCUUAUCUCAAGAUUUCCAUCCAGCCAGGGAAACACAGCAUCUUUCCAGCCCUUCCUCAUCAUGGCCAGGAGAAGAGGUCCAAGAUCAUCUGUAACACCGUGAACCCCAUCUGGCAAGCAGAGCAUUUCAGCUUCGUGUCCCUCCCCACGGAUGUGCUGGAGAUUGAGGUGAAGGACAAGUUUGCCAAGAGUCGGCCCAUCAUCAAACGCUUCCUGGGGAAGCUGUCUAUGCCUGUGCAGAGACUCCUGGAGAGACAUGCGAUUGGGGACAGAGUGGUCAGUUACACGCUGGGCCGCAGGCUCCCAACUGAUCACGUCAGUGGACAGCUGCAGUUCCGAUUUGAGAUCACCUCCUCCAUCCACCCAGAUGAUGAGGAGAUCUCCGUGAACACAGACCCGGAGCCAACGGACCUCCAGGAAGGCACCCCAAACAAUCUGACAGAGGCCGGCCUCCCUGAGGAGGCCCCGGCUGUCCAGCUGGACAGGGAGGAGAGCAGGGAGCUGGAUCAGCCAGACUUGGGUGGAGAGGUGAAUGGUUUGGGGGAUGAGAGCCUGGAGGCCACCGGGCUGACUGAGGAGGCCACCAAAGAGGCAGGAGAAGAGGGAGAGGCUGCCCCUGAGGAGGCUGAGCUUUCGGAGCCAGUGCCAGGCGAGGAACUGCCCUCCCUCAGUGCAGAGGACCUGGAUGUGUUCCCGGACACUCCUCCUCCUCUUCCUCCCUCUCCUCCCCCACCCCUGGAGACCAAUGAUAGCUUCUCAGCCGAUCAGGGGGAUGGUGAAGCUCCCCCCAGUGCUGAGGACCUGGGGGCAGAGGAAGCUGAGCCAGAGCCCCUGGCUAGUGAGCACCAGGAGAAGGCGGAGGAGCAGGGGGAGGAGGGGGAGGAGGAGGCAGAGGGGGAGGAAGGCCUGCCUGACCUGCAGGAGGAGGACCGCCUGCACCUCCGGCCCUCAGUGAAGAGGAAAAGCCGGCCGUGCUCCCUGCCAGUGUCGGAGCUGGAGACGGUCAUCGCCUCGGCCUGCGGGGAGCCUGAGACCCCGCGCACACACUACAUCCGCAUCCAUAACCUGCUGCACAGCAUGCCCUCAGCUCAGGGGGCCCCGGGGCCAGAGGAGGAGGAAGAGGUGGCCGAAGAGGAGUCCACCGUGAAGGACUCUUCAGAGAAGGACGUGGUCAGUGAGGCCGAGACGGUGGCCCUCGACCCGCUGCACCUGGAAGAGGGGCCCGAGGCCGGGGACGCAGACCGGGGUGGUGCCAGCCUGGCGCCCCACAGUCCGUCCGUCCAGCGGCUCUUGGACUUGAACGGUGGCUCUUUCACCGACAGUGAGCCCCGGCCCAGCACCGGGAGCGAGAGUGACUCAAGUCCCCGGCAGGGCCAAGAGAAUGACUGCGAGGGCUGUGACACGUCCUGCUACAGCACGUCCUGCUACAGCACGUCUUGCUACAGCACGUCCUGCUACAGCACCUCCUGCUACAGCCCGUCCUGCUACGAAAGCAACAACCGCUUCUCCAGUCACACCCGCUUCUCCUCGGUGGACAGCGCCAAGAUCUCCGAGAGCACCGUCUUCUCCUCGCAGGACGAUGACGAGGAGGAGAACAGCGCCUUUGAGUCUGUGCCAGGCUCCGUGCCCAGCCCGGAGCUGGAUCGGGAGGCUGGCGAUGGCCCUGCCACCUGGCCGGACGAGCUGGCCGCCCCCCACGGGAACGGCAACUCCACAAGAACAGCAGAUGGGCCAGGCUCCCCAAUGGCUGGACCGAGCCACCAGAGAGAAGGUGAUUGCCCUUUACUCCAAAACUCCCAGCCAGUUGGCCUGCUUCCCUCCCUGAGGCCUGACCACCAUCACUACCCUACUAUCGAUGAGCCUCUUCCACCAAACUGGGAAGCUCGGAUCGACAGCCACGGGAGGGUAUUUUACGUGGAUCACGUCAACCGAACAACUACGUGGCAGCGUCCAACAACAGCAGCCACCCCUGAUGGGAUCCGUCGCUCGGGGUCAAUUCAGCAGAUGGAGCAGCUCAACAGACGGUACCAGAAUAUCCAGCGCACCAUCGCCACGGAGCGCUCCGAAGAGGACUCUGGCGGCCCAGCGGGGCCCGAGCAGGCUCUAGCUGGAGGAGGAGGUGGCGAUGGAAGUGGCAGUGGAGGCGGAGGAGGGGGAAGUGACUCAGAGGCCGAUGCUUCUCAGCCAAACCUAGACUUGGGGAGAGAAGGGUCCCUUUCCCCUGGGAACUCUCAGAAAAUCACUCUGUUGCUUCAGUGCCCAGCUGUCAAGUUCCUCACCAACCCCGAGUUCUUCACUGUGCUGCACGCCAACUAUAGUGCCUACCGCUCCUUCACCAAUAGCACCUGCCUGAAGCACAUGAUCCUGAAGGUCCGCCGCGACGCUCGCAACUUCGAACGCUACCAGCACAACCGGGACCUGGUGAACUUCAUCAACAUGUUCGCAGACACCCGCCUCGAGCUCCCCAGGGGCUGGGAGAUCAAAACGGACCAGCAGGGCAAGUCCUUCUUUGUGGACCACAACAGCCGAGCGACCACCUUCAUUGACCCCCGGAUCCCUCUUCAAAACGGACGUCUUCCCAACCACCUGACGCACAGGCAGCAUCUCCAACGACUGCGCAGCUACAGCGCUGGGGAGGCAUCAGAAGUCUCUCGGAAUCGAGGUGCUUCCCUCCUGGCCAGACCAGGGCACAGCCUAGUGGCGGCCAUCCGAAACCAACACCACCAUGAGUCGUUACCUCUGGCGUAUAAUGACAAGAUUGUCGCGUUCCUCCGCCAGCCAAACAUUUUUGAAAUGCUGCAGGAGCGUCAGCCAAGCCUGGCCAGGAACCACACACUCAGGGAGAAGAUCCAUUACAUCCGCACAGAGGGCACUCACGGGCUUGAGAAACUGUCCUGUGAUGCGGAUCUCGUCAUUCUGCUAAGCCUCUUUGAAGAAGAGAUCAUGUCCUACGUCCCCCUGCAGGCCGCCUUCCACCCUGGCUACAGCUUCUCCCCCCGGUGUUCCCCCUGCUCGUCACCUCAGAACUCUCCAGGCUUGCAGAGAGCCAGCGUGAGAGCUCCCUCGCCAUACAGAAGAGACUUUGAAGCCAAGCUCAGAAAUUUCUACCGAAAACUUGAAGCCAAAGGAUUUGGUCAGGGUCCAGGGAAAAUAAAGCUCAUCAUACGGCGAGACCACCUGCUCGAAGGAACCUUCAACCAAGUGAUGGCCUAUUCGCGUAAAGAGCUCCAGCGGAACAAGCUCUACAUCACGUUCGUUGGAGAGGAGGGCCUGGACUACAGCGGACCCUCGCGAGAGUUCUUCUUCCUUCUGUCUCAGGAGCUCUUCAACCCCUAUUAUGGCCUCUUCGAGUAUUCUGCUAAUGACACGUACACAGUCCAGAUCAGCCCCAUGUCUGCCUUUGUGGAAAACCACCUCGAAUGGGCCUCGGGGUGGGGAGAAGGGGGUGAGACACCCGGGCAAAGGCUGCUGGAAGGGCGCGCAGUAAUGGUGGACUCGCUGCGACAGGAUGGAAGGGGCUUCCCUCCUGCUUUGAUGUCUCUGGUAGAGACUGUCAAGUGCUUCACUGGGGAACUUCUUCCGGCCCCAGACGGCCUUUCAAGAUUCUUUGUACAGCAGGCUCUCCCCAUCCUGGCUGAACGUACCAAAGCAAAGAGCAGUCCCAUGGCCAAUGGAGGCCAAAAGAAGAAUGCAAGAUGGCGGACCCUGAGGAGAUUCUCGAGACUCUGCAGGGGUGCCAGGAAUUCCGAGGCGGAGGGGACGAGGCCGUGUGAUCUUCGGAGGGGGCCAGAAGCCUGGGUCUGGGUGACCGGACAGGAGGGAACGCAUGUAAGAGGCAUUGCAGAGCUAGAGCUGGCGAGUGUGGGCAACCAGUAUGUGCAGCGAAGGGCAGAGGCCAAGAUGGGGCAGAACGUGGAAAAGACCAUUCGGUUCAGCAGUGAAAGGAUCGCCGAUAACUUGGGAGUGAAGCCUCAGACGAAGGACAAGGUGGCGGAGGAGGGCCCUCGGGAGCUGGCACUCCCUGGCCGCCAUGCUGGGGGCGGGCAGACGAGCGGGGCCAGUAAACACGAGGGGAACGAGAAUGGACGGGAGGCUGAGGGAGGCCGAGGGGCGCCCCCAGUGGGCUCCCAGCUUCUUUUCAAGAUGGCGGGUGGACGAGGGCAUCUCUUGGGCGCUCGCCCGGAGGGUACAGAGGAGAGUCGGAAGCACGGCCUGCCCUCCUCCCCACGCAGACAGCCUGGUGCCAACACAGUUGUGGACUCAAGGCUUGUCUCCGUCUUUGAUGCCAGGGAAUUGGAGCUGGUGAUCGCCGGCACGGCAGAGAUAGACCUGAAUGACUGGCGCAACAACACAGAGUACCGAGGAGGUUACCACGAUGGGCACAUUGUAAUCAGGUGGUUCUGGGCAGCAGUGGAGAGAUUCAACAAUGAGCAAAGACUAAGAUUACUUCAGUUUGUUACUGGAACCUCGAGUGUCCCCUAUGAAGGCUUUGCCGCCCUCCGCGGGAGCAACGGGCUGCGUCGUUUCUGUAUAGAAAAAUGGGGCAAAAUAACUUCCCUUCCCAGGGCACACACGUGUUUCAACCGCUUGGACCUUCCCCCGUACCCUUCGUACUCCAUGUUGUAUGAGAAGCUGCUGACGGCCGUGGAGGAGACGAGCACCUUCGGGCUGGAGUGA